AUGAUAUUAAUUGGGAGGAACACGAUAGCUGAAGCUGACCGCCUGGAGGAAGGGACUAGGCAUCUUGCUGGUGGAGUUUGUGAUUACUCUUGCGGAGGACAGCGCGUGGGCGAAAGCCCGGGGAUGAUGAGACGCUUGGCAUGGGCUGAAACUGAAGGAAUGAGUGAUGCUGGAGAGACGAGUAACUACAGUUUGGGACAAGAUGUCUUGAUCGACAUGUCUAUUGCCCUAGGAGGGAACACAUUGUUCCAGUUGCCUCAAGAAUUGCGUUCCACAGUUAUAGCAGCACCAGAAUGGCAGAACGUCAUGCGGUCUAAAUUACUCCUGACACAAAUUUCGGAAGGGUGUGCAAAGGUCAUGAUGAAGAACUUGGAGCAGAUUGUUUCUAUGCAAAUUGCUUGUGUUGCUUCAGGGAAGAUGACCAAGUUUUUUUGGUUGUUUCAUUUAGAAUGGGAAGCAGAUGUUGCUGAUUCAUCUCAGAUUAAGAAACCAAGAAGAGAAUCUUACAUUGCUUUCCUGCCACCUGAGCUUUUAGAGAGAAUUUUACUAGAAGCUCUUGCAACAUCUCCAACACCUAUCAGAGAUAUCAGAUAUUUCAAAAAAACAUGUAAGAAUUUUCAUGCAAUAUGUUCAUCAAAAAGGAUAGGAAAAUACAUGAAUGUAGAAGAUUGGAGAAUGUGUUGGCAAGACAAGCAAGGCUAUUUAAGAUUUCUUCAAACUUAUGCUGAGAGUGAAAAUACUAAUGCUCUCUUCUUGCUUGGAUUGGAGGAAAUGUUUAAUAGAGGAAACUAUGAUGUUGGUCUGCAUCGCCUUCAAUUGACAUCAAAUCAAGGAAAUAUUACUGCCAAAUAUCUUUUGGGACUUUGGUGGUUUCAUGAUGAUUCAUCUCGCUCAUAUGGUAUCAAUCUUUUGAAUGAGAUAUCAGGUAAUAUACGUCAAUAUCGAAAACAAGCUUCCAAGAUCUUCAGCAAGAUGAGGUUUCAAAAAUGGCCUUCAUUGCCUUUUUUUCUUUGUAAUGAUUGGUCAUGUAUGUCUUUAACUAUGAUAGGAGAUUAUCCAUUGCGACCUGAGGUACAAGAGGAAUUUAGUUUCUGUAGCGAUGUUUGUAAAUGGAAAAAUGAAUAUGAAAUGUUUAUAUCUAUGCCUCCUUGGUAGGAGUUUUUUUGUUUGACUUCUUAUCUUAAAUUUGAGUCAUUGGAUAUUACAGCCUGUGUGAUAGACACAAUUGUAGUAAUUUAUCAUGUAAGAGUUUCUCAAAGGACAUAAAAAUAGAAAAAAUGUUUUGAUUUA